AGGAAAAUGGCGGUUGAAAGGCAAAUGCUCAAAGUGCAAGCGCUCAUGAACAACCAACCAAACAUUCGCAACAUAUCGGUGAUAGCGCACGUGGAUCACGGCAAAAGUACGUUGACGGACUGCCUGGUAAUUAAGGCGAAAAUUGCAUCGGAGGAUGCAAGUGGCAAGCGGUACAUGGACACGCGUGAGGAUGAGCAGGAGAGAGGUAUAACGAUCAAAAGUACGGCUAUCAGCAUGAACUUCACAAUGAACAACAAGGUAUUGAGCGAGCACAUAAAGCAGCCCUACAACGGCAAUUCAUUCCUGAUAAACCUGAUUGACUCGCCAGGGCACGUGGACUUCUCGUCGGAGGUGACCGCUGCCUUGAGGGUUACGGACGGUGCUGUGGUUGUGAUUGACUGUGUGGACGGGAUAUGUGUGCAGACCGAAACGGUGCUAAGACAAGCAAUUGCCGAGAGGAUCAUGCCCACGGUGGUGCUCAACAAGUUGGAUAGGGCGUUGCUUGAGCUGAAAGAGUCAAAGGUGGACCUGGCUGCGAAGCUGCGGAGGCGUGUGGAGGACUUCAACGCUAAGCUGCAGAUGAUCUGCCAGGGUGCCGAUGAUUUCCAGAUCGAGUCACUGUUCCCGCAGAAGAACGAAAUUUCGUUCUGUUCAGGUUUGCAGGGAUGGGGAUUUACGCUGAAAAGCUUCGCUAAGUACUACGUCAAACAGAUGAAACAGGAUAACAAGCCGAAUCCUGAAACAUUCGUGUGUAAGGUGCUAUGGUCUGAGGGCGUGUACUACUCAUCAGAUGAUCCGUUCGAUCCUGAGGGCAAGUUCCUGAGGGAAGGUCCUCCUGAGCGCACAGCUUUCAUCGUGUUCGUUCUCAAUCCCAUCUACCGUGUUAAGGAGCUUUGUGAGAAUCUCGACGAGAAGGGCUUGAGGGAGUAUCUGAGCAAGUUUGAUGUGACACUGCCAGCGAGUAUAAAUUAUAACGAGAUGAAGGAUUUGUUUAAGAUAGCAAUGCGUGCGUGGUUGCCUGCGAGUGACAUGCUGCUUGAGCAGAUUAUUCUCAAUCUGCCAUCACCAACGGUUGCGCAGAAGUACCGUGCGCCGCACCUGUACACCGGGCCCAUUGAUGACCAGGCUGGGCGUGGUAUCGCUACGGCGAGCACCUCUCCUGAUGACCCGUGCGUUAUGUACGUGUCCAAGAUGGUGCCGUACUCUGAAAAUCGGUUCAUUGCGAUGGGCCGCGUGUUCAGCGGUGUUAUCAAGCCAGGAAUGAAGGUGCGCAUACAAGGACCUGACUACACCCUGGGAAGCAAAACAGACCUGCACGUCAAAACGAUCCAGCGAACGGUCGUGAUGAUGGGUCGUGUGGUCAAGGACAUAGACGAGUGCCCGGCAGGUAAUAUUGUUGGCCUGAUAGGCAUAGAUAGCGAACUAAAGAAGACGGGCACGAUCACCACGUGGGAUGGCUGUCACAACAUCAAGAGCAUGAAAUUCUCGGUCAGUCCUGUGGUUAAGUACGCGCUGCGACCGGAAAAUCCCGUUGAUCUGCCCAAACUCAAAGCAGGUCUUAUCAAGCUGAGCAAGAGCGAUCCGCUUACGCAGGUGAACUUCUCCGACAACGGUGAGCUUACGCUGGCCGGUGCAGGUGAGCUGCAUCUGGAAAUUUCGCUUGAGGACCUGAGAAAGGAGUAUGCAUGUUGCGGGGUGGUUGCCGGUGAGCCGCAGGUCACGUACAUGGAGGGUAUCAGUGAAACGGUGGGUGAGCCGAAGAUGAGCAAAAGUCCGAACAAGCACAACCGCAUUUUCAUGUGCAUUGAGCCGAUGGAAGAGAAGUUGGUUGAAAAUAUUGAGAGUGGUGCGCUGUGCGUCAAGGAUCCAAAGGAACGAUCGGUUCGUUUUAGAGAGAUGAUGGGCAUAAAGGACGAUUGGGUCAAGAAGAUACUUUUCUACGGACCGGAAGAUAAAGGACCAAAUAUUGUGAUUGACAGCACGAAAGGUAUUGCAUAUCUAAAUGAAAUUAAGGAGUAUAUGCGGGAAGGUUUUAGGGAGGUAACUGCGCGUGGGCCGUUGAUCGGCGAAGUUCUGCGAGGAUGCAGAUUUGACCUCAUGGACUGUACGCUGCACUCCGAUGCCAUUCACAGGACAGGCAACCAGAUUAGUGCGCCUAUGACGAGCGUGUGCAAGGGGCUGAUCCUUGCGGCUGAGCCGAUCCUCUACGAGCCCAUCUUCCUUGCAGAGAUAAGCGUGGCAUCCGAUCAGAUCGGUGGCGUCAAUAGCGUGCUGUCGCAGCGCAGGGGUGUAGCCGAAGAGUACAAAUGCGACGGUGGUUUGCGUACGACUAUUACGGGAUUCCUGCCGGUGAGAGAAUCAUUUGGAUUUAACAGCGCGCUGCUGAUGGCCACGCGUGGUGAGGCAAGCGUGGUUCUGACGUUCUCGCACUAUUCGAUUCUUCCCGGAUCGUUGUCGGACUCAAACAGCUUGCUGCACGACACCGUAACAUCGGUGAGAAAGAAGAGGGGAUUUGUUGAGUUGAAGGGUGCUGACUACUACUUUGAUAAGCUAUGAUAAAUUCAUUUUGCUUUUUUGUGAUUUGGAGAUUUGUCCAGGUUUUGCUCGUGUCUAUUCUUCUGUUUUACUUUCACAAUAAUCCUUCUAUUUCAGUUUUAUCCAGUUCUUUGGUCUGUUUUACGGUCUUUCGCUUUAUCUCUGUUGCGUUUUGUACCUUUUGCUGUUCUCACUUUUUCUAUAAUUUUGUUUUUCCUUUUGUGUUGUAUGUUGCAAUUGUUCCAUGAAUAGGUUAGUGGC